UCAAUUUUUUCACCGCGGCUUGAGGCGCCAACUCCUCGCGCCAAUAGCAUCGUUCCCGCCGAAUUCUGCCCGCCCCUGGCGAACUUGUAUAUAAUCCCUACCUACCCAAACCCAUGCUUCAUCUCACUAAAUCUUCUUACUUUGCUUCUUCAUUCUCUUACUUUUCUCCAGAUUCUCUAUUGCCAACAAUGGUGGUCUCUCUUGGUCCCGGCAAAUUCUACGGCACCAGCCUUCCUCGGCCACGGAUCUACAACGACGUCAAAUUUAACGAUCACCGGGUUGAUCCUCCAGUACCAGUUGCUGAUCCGUUUAUGUCCUGGGCCAACGAAGCUCACUGGUCCAUGGGAGGUCUCAGCCUCAAGCGCUUACGCCUCCAGGGAAAGAUCGAGGGCAACGUCAACAAGCUCCGUGCCGAACGUGAAAAGCUCUUCAAGAAGCUGAAUCGCAGCCCUGUUGCCGCAUCGAUUCCUUUUGGACCCAAAAGCGAGAACGUCGUCGGUGGUAAAAGAGCAUCCCCGGUUUCACCACCACCGGCUCCCGUCCCGGCAAAGCGACGAAGAUUCCUGGCUAUGAUUGAGGAGGAUAACGAGGGGGAGGGGGAAAUUCCAGGGGAGGGGGAAAUUCCAGGGGAGGGGGAGGUUGAAAUAGUGAAUCGUAAGGUUCGUAGAAGGCUGGUGAAGAAGCUUGGCGAUGAUUUUGAUAAGGUGGCUUUGGCAAGUGAGAGGAAUUGCAUGUCUGAUUCUGGGAAUGAUAGGGGUAAAACGGGGAGCCCAUUGAAAAGUUCUCCGGACAGAUCGGACUCAAUGGCGUUGCGGACCCGCAGUCGGAGAUUGGAAAAAGGAGGUGAUAAUGCUGAUGAUGUUGCAAUGAAGGAGGUUGUAGAGGCGAGCAAAUCGAAUUCGAAAGGAAAGAAGGCUGAGAAGAACACUAACAAGAGUCAAGUAGAUAAUAGCCCUGUUCCUGGCAACAGGGUUAGAACUUCCCCAAGAUUGUCAAGCCGUAGAUCCAGUUAGCUGCGUAUUGGAAAUUCUGCAGCUUAAUUUGCCUUCUUUUGCUAAUAGGAACUAGAAAGCAAUGCUUUAAUUCAUUUCUCUUUUUGUAAUUUUGUAAUGGUGCUGCUUUUAGGUUCGUACAACUGGCUUGAUUUUAUACGGAAUCCAGAAUCUCAAAUUUCUCUUGUAUGAUGUUGAUAAUCUUUUUGAGAGGUUCGACUUUCUCUGCC